AUGACUGAGGAAACUGGAAUCACGAUGUCUGCCUACGAGGAAAACGAGUCCAAAUUUAUAAGGAAAGCCAAGGAAAAUCCAUUCGUACCAGUGGGAAUGGCAGGCUUCUUCGCCAUUGUGGGUUACAGAUUGUGGAAGUUAAAAAGUCGCGGGGACACUAAAAUGUCCGUGCACCUGAUCCACAUGCGGGUGGCAGCCCAAGGCUUUGUAGUGGGAGCCAUGACCGUGGGUGUCAUUUAUUCGAUGUAUAGAGACUUCUUUGCCAAACCAAGAGAAGAACAGAACCAAACAAAAUCCAAGUGA